AUGACGCUUUCUCGUGUGUCUGGUAGUAAAUUCUUCAUCGCUAAAUCAGUGGCAUGCACAAUGCUGAUUUCAAACAUCCACUCUGAAGAAACUAAAGAAAGACCAACACCUCAAGUGUCUGUUUGGCCUCAUAAUCAUGUAUUCAAAGGAGAAACUGUCAAUCUCAGAUGUGUCAUCAAUGGAGGAGGAGUCAGCAGCUGGCAGUACAGCUGGAAUAAAGAUGAUUCAAUCAUCCAGCAAAAUAAACUCCAGCAUUACACAAUCAGAUCUGUAACUGAGUCUGACGCAGGUAAAUACACCUGUAAAGGAACAGAGAUCAGUGGAUCACGAUACUCAAACACAAGUAAUGCAGUUACACUGACAGUAUCAGGUGAAAAACCACAGACAGUUUUAAGUGUUUCUCCACAGCAGUGGUUGACUGAAGGAGAUUCAGUGACUCUGGUGUGUGAGGUUAGAAGUUCAUCUACAGGCUGGACAUUCAGCUGGUUCACUGUGCAGAGUCUUUACUCAGUGAAUAAAGAUGAUUAUCAGCUCAUAAACAGCAGUGUAGGAUCUAAAGGCAUCUACACAGUGAGUUCAGUGACUGUGAAGCACACAGGAGUUUAUAUGUGCAGAGCAGAGAGAGGAGAUCCAGUCUAUCACACAGAGUACAGUAACACACAAACACUGUGGAUCACUGGUGUUUCUCCUUCAGUCUCUCUGAUCAUCAGACCCAACAGAUCUCAACACUUCUCAUCUGAAUCUCUCUCUCUGAGCUGUGAGGAUCACAGUAACUCUACUGGAUGGACAGUGAGACCAUACACAGAAGAUAAAGUAAACCCUUGUUCAUCACUAACCUAUGGAUCAGAAACAACAUCUACAUGUACAAUCAGUUCUCUCAUCACAUCUGAUACUGGAGUGUACUGGUGUCAGUCUGAAUCUGGAGAGAAACUUCAUCCUGUUAAUAUAUCAGUACACUAUGCUGAUGUGAUUCUGGACAGUCCUGUUCAUCCUGUGACUGAAGGAGAUCCUCUGACUCUACGCUGUUUAUAUCGAGAUAAAAACCCCUCUAACCUUACAGCAGUAUUUUAUAAAGAUGGAUCAGUGGUGCAGAAUCAGACUACAGGAGACAUGAUGAUCAUCCCUACAGUCUCAAAGUCACAUGAGGGUUUCUACUACUGUAAACACCCAGAGAGAGGAGAGUCUCCAAAGAGCUGGAUCUCAGUCAGAGUUUCAGGUGUUUAUCAGAUGAUGUUUGAUCUCAAGAUUUUCCUUUUCCUGCUGGCAGUUUCUCCAUAUUUGUUAGCGACAGUUGUGCUGGUUGUCAAAUGCUUCAGAUUGAGAGGUGAAACAACUGUCUGA